CCGAACCGAAGUACCGAAGCUCCCCUGGCUCCCCGUAGUUGUUUUUCGUGAUCGAAAAUGGCGCUCGCCUCAGCUAAACAACUUCUCGACGAAUUGAUGGGCCGGGAUAGAAAUCUCGCGCCCACGGAGAAGAAGAACACUUGCAACUGGGAAGACCCCGACGUGUGCAAGCACUUUCUUGCCAAGUUCUGCCCCAACGAUCUCUUCGUGAACACCAAGGCAGACUUAGGACCCUGCAACAAAGUUCACGACGACAGGCUGAAGAGAGAGUAUGAAGCAAGCCCUCGGUACCGCCAAGAAGGCUAUGAGGACUCCUUUCUCCAGUUCUGCCAGUCCAUGCUUUCCGACGUGGAAAAGCGUAUCCGGAGGGCGCGGCAGCGACUGCAUCUUAGCAACCAAGAGGGCGGUGUGGUUAUCAAGAUGAAAGAGCCAGCGGCCCCAACUGACGAGCGGGUGAUUGUGCUGAAUGAGCGCAUCCAGGGCUUGCUGCAGCAAGUGGAGCAGCUGGGCUGUGAGGGCAAGGUCGAGGAGGCGCAGGGGAUCAUGAAGCUCUGCGACCAGCUUAAGGAGGAGCGCAAGUCUCUCGACAAGGACUCCGACAAGGCACACUGGCUCAGGCAAACGGCAGAGCUGGCAGCUGCCCAGGAGAAGCAGAUGGAGGUGUGCGACAUCUGCGGAGCCUUUCUCAUUGUUGGUGAUGCGCAGCAGCGUGUCGACGACCAUCUCAUGGGCAAGCAACACAUGGGCUAUGCCAAGCUCAAAGAAGCUGUUGAGGAAAUCCUGAACCGGCGUGAAAAGGAGCGAGAGGAAAAGGAAAAGCAGCGAGAGCGUGAAAGGGAACGGCGGCGAAGACGUGAAGAGGACGACACUCGAAGCAGCCGGCGAGGGGCUGAACUGGCACGGGACGAUCGGAGGGAUCGUGAUGAGAAGCGGCACAGAAGUAGGUCUCCACGCGACGACCGAAGAGAACGCGCAGAUGACAAGAGGGAGCGUACAGACGACAGAAGACGUGACGAAGACCGCAGACGGGACGAUGACCGGAGACGAAAUGAUGAGCGCAAGCGUGACGAGGAUCGCAGGCGAGAGGAGGAUAGAAAGCGUGACGAUGAUCGGAAGCGGGAAGAAGACCGCAAGCGAGACGAAGACCGUAAGCGUGACGAGGAUCGCAAGCGGGACGAGGACCGUAAGCGUGAUGAGGAUCGCAAGCGCGACGAAGACCGCAAACGUAGUCGACGUGAUGAUGACAGGAGCCGGCGAGAUGAUGACAGGAGCAGAAGAGAUGACGACCGGAGCCGAAAGGACGAUGAGCGGAGCAGCAGCAGUCGCCACGACGAUGACCGGAGUAGUAGGAGCGACCGCAGUUCUCACCGAGACUCACGGUCAUCUGGACAUGAUCGGGACAAGUACCACAGCAGCAGUAGCAGCAGCAAGAGUGACCGGGACUCUCACCGCAGCUCAUCUUCUAAAGUGAGCAAUGGCGACUCCAGCCCCCGUCACUGAGACUUCAAGUGAGUUGCUGGGGAUGACAGCACUCUGGUUGCAAACCUGGCAAGCUGGAAAGCACUGGUGGAAGCAGCGUCUAUGCGCGCAGGCGUUGUGCUGACAGCGACCUCCACUGGCAGCAGCCCAACCAACCUACGUAGCCGCGGAAUACAAGGAACGAACAAAGAACCCGCCGAGCCUCCACCAUCUGUUUCACCGAAAGAAGGUGCUCCUUUGCUUUCUGUUUUGUCUCGCGUGUUAAGUUGAGAGAGAGCGAAAAAGAAAAACGUUUCCCGUUCAUCACUCUAUUCCUUUUUGGCCCUUUUGUGUCCUAUUCCUCCUUCUCCCCUUCAUCGCACACUGCACUCAUCAAUCUCACCUUUCCAUUCUUUGCACCAAUCUCGCUUGUCUUUACGUUAACAUGGACAGUCAUGUGAAUACGGAAUUUUGCAAUGUUAUGGAGCUGCUUUGUUUUUACGUUAAUUCACUUUCACGAUCAGAAUGGAGAAAUAAAGAGUGGUGUUGUAGCAGUGCUAC